AUGACUGAGGCCGGAGAUUUGGCGAACAAUGAGGAUCUGAGGAUGAAAUAUUUCCCUAGUUCUCUAACCAAGAACGCUUUCACAUGGUUCACGACACUACCACCAAAUUCUAUAGAUACUUGGUCUCAGUUAGAAAGGGUUUGCCAGAUCAAAAGAUUAAAAGCUGAGAAGGCUAGGGCGAACAAAAGCUAUAAAAAGGAAAGGGUUACCUACGUCGAAGUAGACGAAGGAGAAUCAGAGAUUUUCGAGGACCAAUAUAGGUUCGAGGAUUGCGAAGUGGAUCUAGCUGAAUUAAAGGAAGCAGACCCUUAUACCUGCAAGAUGACCACACCAUCAAAUGGGAAAAAUCCCGUUGAAAUCGAAAAGAAUGAUAAGUUUCCUAAGAAAACAUACACAUUCGACAUAACUAAAUGUGAUGAAAUAUUCAAUUUUCUUGUGAAAGAUGGCCAAAUGGUUUUGCCUCCUAACAUUAAAAUUCCUCCGUUAGAACAACGGAAGAAAAGAGGCUACUGUAAAUACCAUAAUUUUUUGGGCCACAAAAUCUCACAGUGUUUUCUUUUCAGGGAUCUUAUUCAGAAUGCGAUCAAGGAGGGACGUCUGAAGUUUGCACAAAAAGGAAGAAAUCAAAUGAAGAUAGAUGCUAAUCCCCUCAAUAUUGCUGACACAAAUUACCCUGAGCCUGUCGAAAUCAACAUGGUUGACAUGGUUGAAGUUGAGGCAAGAGGGAACCCAGGAGAUGAAGAAGAUGUCCAAGGUGGAAAACAGUUUAUUGAUGACCUGAAGGAGGAUUUCACGUCUUAA